UUCAUGGCUCUGGGUAUGAAAAGGACUUGGCUGGUAAUGAGGUCGCUCACUUACUGUCCGUCCUCCGUGCGAUCUGCUGCCCACCAGGAGGGACAGAAGGACCAGAACCCAGCAUGUCGGACCAGUCGACGUUUGACACGGACGUAUGGACCCUGACCCGGUUCAUCAUCGAGACCGGCCGCCAGGCUAAGGGGGCAACCGGUGAGCUGACCCAGCUCAUCAACGCCAUGCUGACCGCCAUCAAAGCCAUUUCCUCUGCUGUGCGCAAGGCAGGCCUGGCCCACCUGCAGGGCUUGGCGGGCUCAGUGAACGUGACAGGGGACGAUGUGAAGAAGCUGGACGUGCUGUCUAACGACCUGGUCAUCAACAUGCUGCAGGCCUCCUACAGCACCUGCUGCAUGGUGUCUGAGGAGAACAAGGAGCUCAUCAUCACUCCCAAAGACAAGAGGGGAAAGUACGUGGUCUGUUUCGACCCUCUGGACGGCUCCAGCAACAUCGACUGCUUGGCUUCAAUCGGCACCAUAUUUGCCAUCUACAAACGAGCAUCAGAGGGGGAGCCCACAGAGAAAGAUGCCCUGCAGCCAGGAAACAGCAUUGUGUGUGCAGGCUACACCCUGUACGGCAGUGCCACCCUGGUGGCCCUCAGCACCGGCGCCGGCCUCAACUUCUUUAUGUUGGACCCCGCCAUCGGUGAGUUCAUCCUGAUUGAGAGGAACGUGAAGAUCAAGCAGAAGGGGAAGAUCUACAGUCUUAACGAGGGGUACGCCAAGUACUUCCACCCCUCCGUCAACGAGUACCUCAAGCACAAGAAGUACCCAGAGGAUGGCAGCUCUCCUUACGGAGCUCGAUAUGUGGGCUCUAUGGUCUCAGAUGUUCACCGCACCAUCGCCUACGGAGGGAUCUUCAUGUACCCCGCCAACGAGAAGAGCCCCAAGGGAAAGCUGCGGUUGUUGUACGAGUGCAACCCCAUCGCUUUCCUCAUCGAGCAGGCGGGAGGCCUCGCCACCACCGGCACUCAGAGGGUACUGGACGUUCAGCCCGAAACGCUCCACCAGCGGGUGCCCUUCGUGGUCGGCUCCCCUGAUGACGUCAACGAGUACCUGUCCUUUGUCAAGAAGUACCAGUAAAGCAGCAACAGCUUUAACACACGUCAGGAUUCUCCCAGUAUUUCAAUGAAAGAGGACAGAAAGAGGUUUUCUAAAAUUUUGCAUGUUGAUGAUUAUGAUUAUUUUGCAUUUACUACAAAUGUAUAAGUUGUCAAAUCUCUUGAUCACAGAUCAUAGAAUAAAACUUGAAUAUUACUUUAAUAAGUCCAACAAUUUUAGUAAUAUCUAAUCCCUCAGAUAAUAUGUAGAUAAUGGACGUAGAUAAUAUGUGAUCAUCGGAAAACAUCACAAUUACAGUCAUGAGAAGUAUGUCCUCUACGGCUUCCCAUACAUUUAAGCUCGUCCUUGCACCUCUUUUAGAACAAUAAUAGGAUUGCGGCCUAUCAUGUACUUUAAAAUUUAAAAGUCAUUAAACGUACAUUUUUGCGAAACAAAUGAUUGUUUUGUUCAGUCAAAUGUUUUUGAAGGUAAAACAACAUGAUGAGAAUAUGUUAUUUAAAAGAAAACUGCUAAUUGUUUCUGAAUUUCCUAUUCCAGUAUUAGAUUUUUCCAGUGGUGGUGUAGAAAUUGAAUUAAAACUACCGAUUUGUUUGUAUUCAUAUUCACUCUUUUUAAACAUCCAUGGAAAUAAAUGCUGCUUUAAAUUUUGGCUUUAAAGGAUCAUGAUCGAAACUCUUCUGUCGAUUCUACUAUUAAAACGUCUCUUGGUGAAACUCA